CAAUGGCGAAAAUAAAUGAAUUGGAAUUCUUAGCAACCCAAAACACCACACUUUCUCUGGUUAUUGCAAUGACUGUGGUGAGCAAGAAACUAAAGAGUUUUGCUUCUGCUAUGAAGAGGCUUAGGAAGGGAUACCGAAGGCUCCAAGGGGAUAUUGAUGAGAGUGAAUAUGGGUUGUGGAUGGAGGUUCCAAAGGGUUAUGUACCACUGUAUGUGGGGAAGGAUGAGGUGAGGAGAUUCAUGGUGGAUGCUAGGCUUCUGAACCAUCCAUUCAUGGCGCAGCUUCUACAAGUUUCUAGAGAAGAAUAUGGGUACCAACAGAAAGGAGGCCUUGUUGUUCCUUGUGAUGUGCUCUUCUUCCAGACUCUUGUAGAUUUCCUCACCACAAACGACCCAUCUGCUGUCAGCUUUGAUUUGGCCAGUUUGGAUAAGAUAAGUCCUGCCCUUUGAGUUCAAUCUAUAUCUGUCUGUUUUAGCUUUUCUCUGUAUAAUUCAUGAGUAGGCUCUUUCAAAGACCCAACUUGUAUUGUGUGGUUUUAUGAGUAGGCUCUUUCAAAGACCCAACUUGUAUUGUGUGGUGUUAUACAGUGAAAUACAUAUAUACAUAUUAGCAUCUGCAUUGGUAAGAGGUGUAAUAGGUUUCUCAAUAGAGAAUAUGGGCUUUUAUUAAUUGAAAAUAAUUGAAUAGGUGAAUAGAUGGA